CCCGGGCCCUGCGCCGUGCUCAAGCGGCCGCUGGACAUGAGCGAGGUGUUCGCCUUCCACCUGGACCGCAUCCUGGGGCUCAACCGGACGCUGCCGUCGGUGAGCAGGAGGCCCGAGUCCUUCCAAGAUGGGCGCCCGUGCCCUGUUGUCCUCUGGGACGCGUCCUUGUCUCCAGCUAGUCAUGACACCCACUCUUCCGUGGUGCUCACCUGGGGGACCUACCAGCGGCUGCUGAAGCGGAAGUGCUGGCAGAACGGCCGGGUGCCCAGGCCCGAGUGGGGCUGCACCGAGAUCCACCACCACGAGUGGUCCAAGAUGGCGCUCUUCGACUUCCUGCUGCAGAUCUACAACCGCCUGGACGCGAACUGCUGCGGCUUCCGGCCUCGCAAGGAGGACACCUGUGCGCAGGAGGGACGGGGGCCCCGCUGUGAGCACCAGGACUCCGUGCCUCUGGCUCACAUCGUUCAGCGGAAGCACGACCCGAGGCACUUGGUCUUCAUAGACAACAAGGGCUUCUUCGACAGAAGCGAGGAUAACCUGAACUUCAAACUGCUGGAAGGCAUCCGAGAGUUUCCCGAGUCUGCGGUUUCUGUUUUGAAGAGCCAGCACUUACGGCAGAAGCUCCUUCAGUCUCUGUUUCUUGAUAAGGUUUACUGGGAAGGCCAAGGAGGCAGACAAGGGAUUGAGAAGCUCAUUGAUGUCAUUGAGCAGCGAGCUAGGAUCCUCACCACCUACAUCGCCGCGCACGGGGCCCAAGUCCUGCCCAUGAACGAGUAGUGAAGGCUCUCUGGCCAGAGGGCGAGAGAGAUCCGUGCAUUUUUGUUUGUUUCUGUAUCAGGUGCAUCGACCUCAAGGCUUUCGGGGAUGAGACAGUGCAGAUGAAUACAUAAAAAAUGGCUUGACCAAGCAGAGUGAUGGGCCUGAGCCCCAUGUGAGGCUUCGAGAGGUUUGCAAAGCAGCUGCUCAGAAAAUAGCUGUGCUCCCUAACACCUGUGUGCGGGCCUCAGCAUCUCAUUAGGAAGGGCUGCAAGCAUUGUUUCAGCUAGCUUUGUGGGCCCACCCCGUCUGACAGAACAGUGUGAACCACACAUGCCAACUCUCUGACCAUGGCGGCUUGUGCUGUGUGACUGGUCUGCCCCAGUGUUACCGGUAGGGUUCCCGACCUGUCCCAACACGGCCCCUGACUUUGAACAUAAUUGACGGACUUUGUCAUCUCUGAAAGCUAUAAAAACAAUGUGAGAAUGUUUACAAUACAUUCUACUGUCUUGCCCCAGUCUGUCUGUCAGCGCUAAAACACACCCACUUUCCACGUUCUGCUCAGGGCAGCUCCGGGUCAGUGUGAAUCAGAGCGAUGCAGGACACUACAAUGAGGUGGGCUUUAAAGUGCCUACAGGCUCUACUUAGUGCACACGUGUUGAUCAAAACGUCAAAGCAAUAAUGUUAAGUAGAAGAGAACAUGGACCACGCAGUGAGGGCCACUGGCUCUCCCAAUCACAAGGAGUGAGGGCCACUGACUUGCCCAAUCACAAGGAGUGAUCCAUUGGCUUGCUUAGUCACAAGGAGUAAGGGUCAUUGACUUGCCCAAUGAAAAGAGUGAUCCAUUGACUUACCCAAUCACCAGGAGUGAGGGCCAUUAACUUGCCCAAUCACCAGGAAUGAGGGCCAUUGACUUGCCCAAUAACAAGGAGUGAGGGCCAUUGACUUGCCCAAUCACCAGGAGUGAGGGCCAUUGACUUGCUCAGUCACCAGGAGCAAGGGCCAUUGACUUGCUCAGUCACCAGGAGCAAGGGCCAUGGGCUCGCCCAAUCACAAGGAGUGGAAGCCAGUGGAUCCCCAAUUCCAAGGAGAAGGCCAUUGGACCACCUAAUUUUGACCUUCCAGGCUCUUGUUCUCACCUUUCUUCAUGUACCUUGUUUCUUGGGCUUCUCUGGGAAAGCCAGUCCUUGGACCACCCACCCCUUGGGUGGGCCUCCGUCUGGUCCCCUUGCUCAGCCCGCCUUAGCCCUCCCCAGUGUAUGCUCACCUGCUAUUUCUGGGCUUUCUAAGUUCCUUGUUUUCUCCCUCGUAAAUCAUCCUCUCCAUGAAGCAGUGCCUUAGUAAUGUCUAGACCUGCAUUCCCCCUGGAUGCGCCACCACCUGGAGGUGACUCUGGCAAGCAGCCUUCCCUUAUGUUGUCAAGGGGCAUGUUUGCAUUUCAGGGAGCUCUUUAUAGACUUCCCAUCAUGGCCCCCGUUGCAGUGGGAGCGAGGUUGUCCAGGCUGCUGAGGAGUGACUUCCAUACCACGUCUCUGGCUGCUGGUGGCGGGCAGCCCGGCCCUGCCGCACAGUGUCUCCCUUGGUCGAUCUGACACCAGCUGUUCCCAAGUGUGCCGCGUUCCAGGAGCGGUCCCGGAGCCCAGCAGACCUCAGUCACCUUUGCUUUUUUGACAGUGGCCAGUGAAUAGCUCGUGAUGGGUUAUUCUGAGUAUCCAGAGGCCGGGCUUUUAAUGCUCAGUGAUAUUCUUCAGCCCUUGCUUGUUGAAUCAGUGAGACCCCUCAGCACACUGCAGGCGCACACAGAGGACGCCGUGGCGUGGUCCGCACAAGCAUAAUAUGCGUUUAUUUAUAACUCGUAAUGAAUUCAAAGUAUAAUAAUCUGCCUUGGCAGACAUGCGCAAGCCUGCUCUUGUGUGACUUAUUUUCUUUAAGCUGAUGAUAAGAAAAUAAAUAUGUAUUUUAAAAAUCUGUAA